AUGGGGACUCCCAAGGCCCAGCACCCACCGCCUUUCCAGCUGCUGUUCCUAAUUCUGCUGAGCUGUGUCUGGAUUGAGGGUCUGCCCCUGAAGGAGGAUGAGAUGGUGCCAGAGCCUGGAAGUGAGACUCCCACAGCAACCUCUGAGGACCUGGCUGAGCUGCUCCAUGGAGCUUUGCUGCAGAAGGGCCCAGAGAUUGGCCUCUUGCCGGGAUCUGACCCAGACCCCACACUAGCCACCCCUCCAGCCGGCCAGACUCUUGCAGCACCCUCCCUGCCACGUGCCACUGAGCCAGGGACAGGGCCUCUGACGACAGCUGGCAGCACUAAGGGGGUCAGGGGGGCAGGCCCCGCCGCGCCAGAGCUGCUGACCCCGCCCCCUGGGCCCACAGCCCCGCCCCCUCCCGGCCCCGCCUCUCCAGUCCCACCCCUCAGGCCUGAGGGAGGAGAUGAGGAAACCACCACCACCAUCAUCACCACCACAACUGUCACCACUACUGUCACUAGCCCAGUUUUGUGCAAUAACAACAUCUCUGAGGGGGAAGGGUUCGUGGAGUCUCCAGACUUGGGGAGCACUGCCAUCCGCUCUAUGGAACUCCUAGAUUGCACCUACAGCAUCCAUGUCUACCCUGGCUAUGGCAUUGAGAUUCAGGUGCAGACACUCAACCUAUCUCAGGAGGAGGAGCUCCUGGUGCUGGCCGGUGGGGGAUCUCCAGGCCUGGCCCCCAGACUCCUGGCCAAUUCCUCCAUGCUGGGAGAAGGACAGGUCCUUCGAAGCCCAACAAACCGGCUGCUCCUGCAUUUCCAGAGUCCUCGAGUCCCAAGGGGCAAUGGCUUCAGGAUUCACUAUCAGGCAUACCUUCUGAGCUGUGGCUUUCCACCCCGGCCAGCCCAUGGGGAUGUGAGUGUGACGGACCUGCAUCCCGGGGGCACUGCCACCUUCCACUGUGACUCAGGAUACCAGCUGCAGGGUGAGGAGACGCUCAUCUGCCUCAAUGGUACCCGGCCAGCCUGGACUGGUGAACCCCCUAGCUGCAUAGCAUCUUGUGGGGGCACCAUCCACAAUGCCACACUGGGUCGCAUCGUAUCCCCUGAGCCUGGGGGAGCUGCAGGGCCCAACCUUACCUGUCGCUGGGUCAUCGAAGCUGCCGAGGGACGCCGGCUACACCUGCACUUUGAAAGAGUAUCACUGGAUGAGGACAAUGACCGGCUGAUGGUGCGCUCGGGGGGAAGUCCCCUGUCCCCUGUGAUUUAUGACUCUGACAUGGAUGAUGUCCCGGAGCGUGGUCUCAUCAGUGAUGCCCAAUCCCUCUACGUAGAACUGCUUUCAGAGACACCAGCCAAUCCUCUGCUGCUCAGCCUCCGAUUUGAAGCCUUUGAGGAGGAUCGCUGCUUCGCGCCUUUCCUGGCACAUGGCAACGUGACUACUACAGACCCUGAGUACCGCCCAGGGGCACUGGCCACCUUCUCAUGCCUCCCAGGAUAUGCUCUGGAGCCACCAGGGCCCCCCAAUGCCAUCGAAUGUGUGGAUCCCACAGAACCACACUGGAAUGACACAGAGCCAGCCUGUAAGGCCAUGUGUGGAGGAGAGCUGUCUGAGCCAGCUGGUGUGGUCCUCUCUCCCGACUGGCCCCAGAGCUAUAGCCCUGGCCAGGACUGCGUGUGGGGCCUGCACGUACAGGAAGAGAAGCGCAUCUUGCUCCAAGUUGAAAUCUUGAAUGUUCGUGAAGGGGAUAUGCUGACACUAUUCGAUGGGGACGGUCCCAGCGCUCGAGUCCUGGCCCAGCUGCGGGGACCUCAGCCGCGCCGCCGUCUCCUCUCCUCCGGACCCGACCUCACUCUACAGUUUCAGGCACCUCCCGGGCCCCCAAAUCCGGGUCUAGGCCAGGGCUUCGUAUUACAUUUCAAAGAGGUCCCGAGGAAUGAUACAUGCCCAGAGCUGCCGCCUCCUGAGUGGGGCUGGAGGACGGCAUCCCACGGGGACCUUAUCCGGGGCACAGUGCUCACUUACCAGUGUGAGCCUGGCUACGAACUGCUGGGAUCAGACAUCCUCACUUGCCAAUGGGACCUGUCCUGGAGCGCGGCUCCACCUGCUUGCCAAAAGAUCAUGACUUGUGCUGACCCUGGUGAGAUCACCAAUGGCCACCGGACUGCCUCGGAUGCCGGUUUUCCUGUCGGCUCCCAUGUCCAGUAUCGCUGUCUGCCAGGGUAUAGCCUGGAGGGAGCCGCUGUGCUCACCUGCUACAGCCGGGACACUGGCACACCCAAGUGGAGCGAUCGAGUCCCCAAAUGCGCCUUAAAGUACGAGCCGUGCCUGAACCCUGGUGUUCCCGAGAACGGUUACCAGACACUGUACAAGCAUCACUACCAAGCGGGCGAAUCUCUGCGUUUCUUCUGCUACGAGGGCUUUGAGCUCAUCGGCGAGGUCACCAUCACCUGUGUACCCGGUCACCCCUCCCAGUGGACCAGCCAGCCCCCACUCUGCAAAGUGGCCUAUGAGGAGCUCCUGGACAACCGAAAACUGGAAGUGACCCAGACUACAGACCCAUCAAGGCAGCUGGAGGGUGGGAACCUUGCUUUGGCCAUCCUGUUGCCCCUAGGCUUGGUCAUUGUCCUCGGCAGUGGAGUUUACAUAUACUACACCAAGCUGCAAGGAAAAUCUCUCUUUGGCUUCUCGGGUUCACACUCCUACAGUCCCAUCACCGUGGAGUCAGAUUUCAGCAACCCACUAUAUGAAGCUGGGGAUACACGGGAGUAUGAAGUUUCCAUCUGA